AUGGGAUAUACGUCCUGCAAUAAUUUCUACGGAAUCUGCCCGGGCUACGACCUCACCAAUUUAGGCCUAUCAAGCCUCGAGACUGCGGCAGCUGAUUCGGAAAGUAUUGGAGGGUCCGCAGAUGAUGGCACGUAUUUGGAUCCUGCCAAUCUUCCCUUGCCAGGUAAUAAGGUUCUGAGCAACACGGAGGGUUCAGGCCCAUUAACCACGCCUCCUGGUGGAGCAACGAUGACUGUGACGCUGCUCAGCACAGCAUAUACAAUCACCGCGGCUUCCUACACUGGAACCAGUUCUACGACAACUGGAGCAUCAAGCAGCCAGGGCUCAGGGAGCCAGACCUCGAGCAGCACAAGUGCUACAAAAACGAACGUCGCACCAAAGCUGGGAUAUACUUCAACUCGCUUUUUGAUCUCGCUUGGUGCCAUGCUAAUGCCCCAGAUAUCCCUGUGA